AUGCCUGAUUCUCAGAUUCGACAUUUGACAUUCAGGAUUCUCAACCUAGUCAGUCUCUACCGUCGCCGACCACCAUCGAUCAUCCCGGUUUCUUUGAGCAGUCAGAAACGUUUGGCCGCCGCCGUCUUGAAGUGCGGACAGCGCAAGAUUUGGCUUGACCCUAACGAGGUCACCGAGAUUGCCAACGCCAACUCUCGCCAGAACAUCCGCAAGCUCGUCAAGGAUGGUCUCAUCAUCAAGAAGCCCCAGACCAUGCACUCGCUUUUCCGCCACCGCGAGAAGCUCGCUGCCAAGCGUGCUGGUCGUCACUCUGGCACCGGUAAGCGUCAGGGUACCGCUGAGGCCCGUAUGCCCACCACCGUCAUCUGGAUGCGCCGCCAGCGUGUCCUCCGUCGCCUUCUCCGCAAGUACCGCGAGACCGGCAAGAUCGACCGUCACUUGUACCACGUCUUGUACAUGAAGGCCAAGGGUAACGUCUUCAAGAACAAGCGUGUCCUUAUGGAGUACAUCCACAAGGUCAAGGCCGAGAAGCUCCGCGCCAAGUUGAUCGCUGACCAGGCCGAGGCUCACCGCAACAAGACCAAGGCUGCCCGUACCCGUCGCAACGAGCGUGUCGCCGAGAAGCGCGCUGCCUUCACCGGUGUUGAGGCCGCUGCCGAGGAGCCCAAGAAGUCCAAGAAGUAA